GGCGCCACCGAUAGUGUAGUUAGAACUAGGAACACAUGCACAUCAGACGGCCGCGGCUUGCUGCUAUUGCAGCAGGAGCAAUAGGAAUAGUCACUGGUCCGCUGUUAGUAAAGGAGGGGAAUGGCUUGAAAUGAAACAAAAAAAGCAGAGAUGAUAAGUAUAUGACAGUUCUUGUUGCAAAUUGCUGCAGUGCUCUUUUUAUAGGUGUAGUGUAUUCUCAUUCGGAUUGACUAAACUGGGCAACCGAGCCUCAUGUCACAUGUGCUUCAUAGGAAGAAGCUGGGCAUCUGCAAGCUGGAUCUGGAGGAGGAUGCUGCGGCAAAUGAUACACAGAGGGCUCAAAGCUUCGUUCUACUGGCUAGGCUUAUUUGUUAGUAGGCAUCCGGUUUUUUUCCUCACCGUUCCCGCAGUCUUAACCAUCAUUUUCGGAUCUACCGUACUGAGCCGAUUCAAGCCCGAAACGGACAUCGAGAUACUGGUUGCCCCGACACACAGCUUUGCUAAAGUAGAGCGGAGUCUUGCGAACAGUCUUUUCCCCAUCGACCAGUCAAAAAACAAGCUGUAUUCCGACCUGCAUACCCCCGGCAGAUACGGGAGACUGAUUCUGCUUGCCAAAUCUGGAGGAAAUAUACUGGAGCUAGCCGACCAGGUCCUGCAGGUUCACAAGCAGGUGCAGGAUUUGCGGGUUAAUUACAAGGGAUUCAAUUACACUUUCGCUCAUCUCUGUGUCCUGAGCCAUCGGGAUAAGCGAUGCCUCUUGGAUGAUAUAAUUACGAUAUUCGAAGAUAUCCGCUUAGCCAUUCUAUCGAAUCACACUUUUUCAAAGGUGCUCGUGACCUAUCCAAAUACAACAUUAAAGGAUGGCCGUGUGUCCUUCAUCGGCCACCAGCUGGGUGGAGUGGCCUUCUCGCCCAACAGCCGAGACCAGCAGGUGAAGUUUGCCCGGGCCAUCCAGAUCACCUACUACCUUCGCAACCAUGGCCCCGUGGUGCAGGACGUCAUCGCAGAGAAGUGGGAGAAUGCCUUCUGCACCCUCAUCACACGCCUGUCCACGCUCAGCGAGGACCUGCACAUCCAGUCUCUCACCUCCUUCAGCCUGUGGAGGGACUUCCACCAGACGGGAGUGCUGGCUAAAGGGGAGGUGCUGGUCAGCCUAGUGCUCCUUCUGCUGGCGGCCACCAUCUCCAGCUCAAUGAGGGACUGCCUGAGGGGAAAGCCCUUCCUGGGUCUGCUGGGUGUGCUCACAAUAGCCAUCGCCAACGUGACCUCCGCUGGCAUCUUCUUCAUCUCCGACGGGAAGUUUAACUCCACGCUGCUGGGGAUCCCAUUCUUCUCCAUGGGUCAUGGAACCAAAGGAGUGUUUGAGCUCCUGGCAGGCUGGAGAAGAACUCGAGAGAGCCUUCCCUUCAAGGAGCGCGUGGCAGACGCCUUCGCCGACGUGAUGGUGUGCUAUACCAUGACCAGUUCCCUCUAUAUCAUCACCUUCGGCAUGGGUGCCAGCCCCUUCACCAACAUUGAGUCGGUGAAGAUCUUCUGCCAGAGCAUGUGCGUGGCCGUCCUGGUCAACUACUUCUACGUGUUCUCCUUCUACGGUUCCUGCUUGGUGUUCGCUGGUCAGCUGGAGCAGAACCGCUACCACAGUGUGUUUUGCUGUAAGAUCCCCUCAGUGGAGUACCUGGACCGUCAGCCCACCUGGUUCAAGACCAUGAUGAGCGACGGCCAUGACCACGUCACGCACCACGAGGUCGUGCCCUACCAAAACCACUUCAUCCAGCACUUUCUGAGGGAGCACUACACGGAGUGGAUCACCAACACCUACGUCAAGCCCUUUGUGGUCAUCCUCUACCUGAUCUACGCCUCCUUCUCCUUCAUGGGAUGUUUACAAAUCAGUGAUGGAUCCAACAUUGUCAAUCUCCUAGCCAGCAACACGCCCAGUGUGUCCUACGCCACGACCCAGCAGAAGUACUUCAGUAACUACAGCCCUGUGAUCGGCUUCUACAUCUAUGAGCCCAUCGAGUACUGGAACUCCACAGUGCAGGAGCACCUCACAACGCUGAGCCACGGCUUCAACAAGAUCUCCUGGAUGGAUAACUACUUUCAGUAUCUGAAGGUGGUGAAUGUGAGCGCCUCGACCAAAAGUGAUUUCAUCACCAUCCUGCAGGGCUCCUUCCUGCGCAGCCCGGAGUAUCAGCACUUCAUGGAGGACAUCAUUCUGUCCAAGACAGAUGGAGAUGAAAUGGAGAUCAUCGCGUCCAGGAUGUACCUGGUGGCGAGGACCACGGAGAAGACACGGGAGGAGGUGGUGGAACUGCUUGAGAGGCUCCGCCCCCUUUCGCUCAUCAACAACAUCAAGUUCAUCGUCUUCAACCCCACCUUCGUCUACAUGGACCGUUACAGCUCCUCCGUGGUCUCACCCAUCCUCACAUCGGCCUUCAGCGUGCUCACCAUCCUCAUCCUCACCUUCUUCCUGGUCAUAAACCCUCUGGGGAACUUCUGGUUGAUCCUGACCGUCACCUCCGUAGAGCUGGGGGUCCUGGGCCUCAUGACCCUCUGGAAUGUACAUAUGGACAGCAUCUCUAUCCUGUGCCUUAUUUAUACUCUCAACUUUGCCAUGGAUCACUGUGCACCCCACCUGUACACCUUUGUACUGGCCACGGAGCACACCAGGACCCAGUGCAUUAAGAUCUCGCUGGAGGAGCACGGGGCGGCCAUUUUGCAAAAUGCCUGCUGUUUCGUUAUCGGGAUGUUGCCCUUGGUGUUUGUGCCUUCCAACCUGACCUACACGCUGUUCAAGUGCUCCCUCCUCACCGCAGGCUGCACAGUGCUGCACUGUUUCCUCAUCCUGCCUGUGUUUCUAACGUUUUUUCCCCCAUCAAAAAAAAGGCACAAGAAGAAGAAACGGGCAAAACGGAAAGAGCGGGAGAGAGAGCGGGAGAUGAUGGAGAGGGAGAGAGUGAGGGAGGAGAUAGAGUGCAUUGAAGUCAGGGAGAACCCUGAUCAUGUGACUAACGUCUGAGAAGCCGUGUGUCGGUGAGCGCGAGCAGUGAGCGGCAGCGGGACAGUCUUCAUUGAUUGUUGGGUGAGGUGUUGGAAGCAUGUCCUAAAGCGAGGGUGGCCAUGUGUUGUAGCCCCUCAAAGGGCCAGAGGGGUCAAAUCUGACCAGUCCUCAGAAGGAGGAGGGAGGGAGGGAGGGAGAGAUAUAGACCAGCAGCCAUGACCCAGCUAGACAGCCAGCAGCCAUGCUGUCUAGAGUAGAGACCAGACCAGACCAGAUCAGACCCAUAGAUCAGCUACUACUUCAGACUGGACGGUACAGUGUAUCUUAUCUGCACAGUCUGCAAACGGUUCCCUCUGCUGUUCAUACAGACACUUGCACACAACCAGGAUGAAACUACAAUAUCAUACAUUUACUUACAGUGUAAUGUGUAAGGGGAUAAUAUAUCUUAUUCUAACAAUUGUAAAUCCACAGUGUCGUGAGCAAAGAAUGGUAGCAUAAGAAUGAGAGAAAUGUCUACCUCCAGGAUGGUGGUCAAAGUUAUCUAAAUUGUUUUCUACAAUUUGUCAUAUUAAAUCCUUUUAUCAUCUACACAGGCUUAUACUACCCCCAUCCCAAAGACCCCAUUAUAGUAUGAUUAGUAUUAUGACAGACAGACAGACAGACAGACAGACAGACAGACAGACAGACAGACAGACAGACAGACAGACAGACAGACAGACAGACAGACAGACAGACAGACAGAGACAGGAUGUAUACAUUUGAAUACGUUUGAGAGUACACAGAAAGAAAGCAUACCCACAGUAGAUUCCAUUCUUUCCGGUUAACACUCGAGCGAACAGCUGAACUGGGCAGAUGGCGUACACUGUGUCCAUUAUGAAGAAUUAUCCUGCACAUUGCAAUGUGUGGAUACAAUUGUCAAGGUCCAUUUUACAGGAAGACAGAUAUAUCUGCUUUAUUUCCAUUCUCACAUCUGUUCUUAGCCAACAAUUAGAGUAGAACUGCAGCAAGGUACAUAAUCUAGGGCUUCAUUCAGUCUGUAUCCCUGAAGUGUUACAGAUUGCACCAUAGAAAUGUAAAGGUCAUUUCAGAUUGAGCUGACAUAUGCAGUGUUUACCGUGAAUGCAGUCUCCGCUAAUGCGGUAACAUUGACUUUCAAUUUCAAUCACGCUGUAACGUCUGCUAUACGGAUUGAACAGAUCCCUUAAUAGAGUUAGGCAUGUUCAGGAAAUCAUAGCAGAUGGCUUAACUAGGAGGGAAAAGGCAACUUUGAACUAGUAAAACCAAAAGGAGGAAGUACUGCAGAGGUUGAAGAUCAUACUGCCUUUCUAACUGGGCUAAGAUAUGAGGUGUGUCGAGAAAUCAUCUGAACAUCAUGGUUGGCAAGGCAUCUUCAGUGUUUAACACGUUUCAGUGUCACAUGUUUCAAUGUCCCAUGAUUAAGAGGUGAUUAUGGAUCAUCAUGAACAAAAUAAAUGAUUGGGUGGGUUGGAUACGACAGGUCAUCAUUUAAUCAGAGAUACAUUGUUUUUUUUUGUUUGAGUGAAAGACUAUUGUGCCAAAUAAUUAGAGCGGGAAAAAAAUAUGGGUGCCGAUUUGUUGGUACAUGUGGAUAUUCUGUCAAAUCAAAUCAUGAUGUAAAAGACAUCCUAUUGGUUCAAACCUCAAAGUAAUGCCAUACAUCACAAUGAUGCUUGUUUAAACAACCAUUGGUGAUGUAUAUUAGCAUUCCAAUGGCUUUCAUGGACCAUUGCUUGAUGUACUUUAGAAAUCUCCAGAGAACAUCAAUAUUCUCCUCUAGUAGCCUCUCUACUAUCCAGAAUGGCCAGAGUGGAGUCCCUCUCCCCGUCGGAAAACCAAGCGCAUUAUCCAGCUAAGUCUGAUGAUGCUGGAUAAGAUCUCUGUAAGGGCAUUAUCAAGCUAAGUCUGAUGAUGCUGGAUAAGAUCUCUGUAAGGGCAGACACUCUCAAGGUCAGAAUGCAGGAGAUAGUUAUCACUGACCUCUGAUACGUCACCUUAGGGUGGUUUGUGGCAUGUAACAGAAUGCCUCUCAUGUAAAAGGAUGUGGCUGUCCGUAGGUUAUUCUUAAUUGAAAGUUAUGACCUUGAAAGGGAAUUGCUGUCUUUAUAUGUUGCUUGAAAGGGCCAAAGUACCUCUCAAAAAGGGCAAUUAAAGCUAUGAGGGCAGCUGAAGCAACUUUAUGUGUGUUUGGACCAAAAGUUAGGGAAGCUUACAGGAGUAAAAUGGUCAGUACAAUUAACCAUCUUGAGAGCAACAUAUUGAAGUGAAGAAGUGAAAAGCAGUUUCUGCUUCUGUAUGAAACAGUAGCUCGCUAGUUAUCAAGAUAAUGCUUCACCUGCUCAUGGGCUUUCACACUCCUCCUUUAGUCAAAUAAAUGGGAUGAAAAGGGUCCUCUCCCUCAUGCAAGAAAUCACCCUCCUCACAAAAGACUAAAGACGGCCAUUUUGUCUGAAAGUUAGCAAUGAAUGAAUCUCUCACGUAAAAAAUGAUGACAAGGUAAAUCCCUAAUUUCAUUCUCAAAUCUCUUAUCCGUGGUGAUGAUUAAUGCUAAGCGUUAAAGCCUAAAUAGCAAGAGAGAAUCUCAUAACUUUUAACCAGACAUAGUUACUCCAAAGUGAUGGGUAUAGGUUAGCUACAAAACCUGCAACUGUUGGUGUAACUGCAUUUUGUAAAAGCCAUCUCAUGUAUGUAUAGUUAGAAGGUUUGAACAUUUAAUAUAAUGGGGACAAAUGCCAAUUUAAAUCGUUGACUUCCCAAAGUGACUGUGUACGCAUGGCACUGUAAUGUAUUGAUGCAUGUAUUUGAUUUCUGUAUAUUUAGUCUGUGUAUCCUUAUUUUGCAACGCUGUGCUAACCUAUGUUUGUUGUUUAAAUGCAUAUUCUAUAACAUUUUGUGCAACAAAAUAACAAAAUGUCCUUUAUGUUCAACAAAACAAAAGCCAGAGGAUCAUAUGUGUAAUAUAACUGUAUAUGAUUUUUUUUAAAGAUUUUCUAUGAAAAAAACUUAGAUUUUUUUAAGCUGAAAUGUUCUUAUAAAAAAGCAAUAAAGGAAAAAAGGGUUGAACACAGUAGGCCAGUAAUAAACUGUGGAAUGUCAACAGUAAACUGAGUAGAUCAACCCGUUGCACCUCCAGUGGACCUAAAUGUUUGUGGUGCAUCAACAAAUGUAACACGUUCUCUAUGGGGAGACUGUGGAUUCUGCUUGUUUUCUUUGUUUGUUUCUUUGUUUAUUCCUCACUACUUGGCCAUUAUAUUACAGGGAGAUAUUACAGCCUCUUUUUACUACACUGCAAUUUUGUCUAGCUUGGUUGUAGUUCUUUUGUUUCUAUCAGAAUAGUAUGCAAAACAACAAAGAAUUGCAAUGGUAUAUUCAGAACAUGUCUAAGACUGAGCUAAAAGGUUUGCUGUGCUGUUAUGACCCGUACUUACAUAACUACUGUUGAAUAUUCAGAUUACAAUAUCAUUAUACAUGAUCCAUGAACAUGCUUAACCCUCCAAUAACUUUCAAUGGUUUUUCGCUAGACACUCAUGAUACAGGAUAGUCGAUUAAUCUUUUGAAAUACUCAGCUUGCUGUACUUACUGUAUACAAGUCAUCUCUGUUUAAUGCUGUCUUUCUGAGUCUAGUAUGUGUUCUAACGUGCGAUUGAUCAUCACUUGUCUAACCACUUCACUGUCUGCCCCACUGAGAAAGUCAUUACCUCCACCAAUGUUUAAUUUACCAAACCCCUUGCUUAUGGUUUUGUCUAACUCUUAAACCAGGCUGUCUGAUGCAGUGAUUUGUUGAUGCUUAUUGUAUGUGUGGUAGGUUGUAAUUUUGUCAGUGAGUUUGAGUGUCAACUCACUGUUCAGAUCAGAACAUGGUCAUUGAUUGAUGACAUCAGUGAUGAGGUCAUUAUCUGAGGUUUGGUAUUGAUGUGGUGUCUGAUGCUCUGUGUCUGAAUAUAAAAACACAAACACUGUUAACGAGUAGCAGGUGAUAGGCGACUUGUUCUUAUUUCACCUCACUUUUAUACGAAGGAUGGGCUUCAAACCUGAUGCAGUUGCCAGGAAAACAAUGGAAUGAGAAUAUGUGUGAAACAACCAAUGAACAUGAUGACUGAUUUAGAAUAUUGCAUAGCGAAGGCAGAACAACUCAAGCAGCAGAUGAACUAAAGUCUCCCCCUUGAUGCACCAGCAUAGUUCAGUUUGCGUGUUCAGGUUUACCACAACACAACAACAUACACACAGAUUAUGCAAUUCUAAACUGUGGUUGAACAGGCAUACUGUUCCAAAACCACACAUCUGAAAUGUCAGAACAGCAAGAACACACCCAGGCCGUAUUUAUUGUCUGUUAUCCAUUUCUACAAUGGUUGUAGCCCAGACAAUUUCUGCUCAUUAAACAAUUCUGUAGUCAUCCCCUUUUAUGUUUGCAAUUAUCAUACUGCAUUUCAACAACACACAACAAUGUCAACAUUUGACUACUGCAGUAGGAUUUCCCCCCUUACAUCGAGAGAGAAGGAAAAAGAAAACUAUUGCAUAAGGACUUGUGUCGUUUGGUGCUAGGCCAGCGUAACUACAAUGCUACCAACAUAGUGAACAUGCAUGUAAGGCAUCUUUCAGAAACUGCAUGGAGACAAAGUGCUCAGUGUGAAAGAUAGAAAGUCUUGGGAAAAUGAUUUAUGAGGAUGUAUUUGGGAGAAGUGUCUGGAUUAGGUUUGAAAAUGGUACAAGAUAGCCACAGUACAAGGUCUGAGCCCUAAGUACUGUGGCUAUGUGCAGAUGUAGGAACUUAAUUUGAGCCAGUUUGCUACAGCAGGAACAUAAUCCUGCAACAGCAGGAAAUGUCAAUUAUUUUGUGGAUUAUAAUUAAUGGACAGUUUUGUAGGGGUUGAUCAUUUUUUUCUUCAGGUUAAGAGAAAAUCAAGUCUAAAAUUUGAAUGUGGAAAUUACAAACUUCAGAAGCCUUUUUAAACCUAAAAUACACUACAAGUUUGACUUUUCCUGCAUUGUAUGGAGGUUUCUGUGCAACAGAGUGACCGAAUUAAGAUCCUACAUCAGUAUGUGUCAUCAUCUCUAAAUAACAUGGCUAUGUGCGCGUUAUAAGUUCAUAUGGCUAUGGGGGCCAGGAUAGAUGCACACCAUUCAUCUACAAUGGAAUUACUCUUGAUUUGACAAAAUGGCUUGGCUGCAUUGCCUUACUUUUCAAUGCUUUAUGUGUCUUUUACACAAAGAAACUGUUUGGAUUGUGUUGAAUGUGCUGUUGAUGCUGUUGUCAUCAAACUGGAGUUUGAUUGUGAUAGUGACCGUCAAGGUUAAAUGUUAUGUUGGACAUACAUAGAUAGGAUACAUAGAAUUUAGGUCCUGAAUUAAUCAAGUAGCUAGUGUAAGGAUGUGGUUCUGACAACAACUCUUGUUUGUGUAGUUAACACACCCUAAUCUAUAAAAUUACACUUGAUUUAUUUACUUUUUACUUUUUUUAAGUGCACAUGUUUUAGCUAAUUCAAUUAUCCUAUUAUUUUUGUUUAAAUCAUGGUAUAUAGGGACUAAGGGGAUUUCUCAAUGUAUAAUCAACCCAAAUAUAAUCAAUGUACUGUAGUGCAAAAAUGUCCUGUCACCCAUUAGAUCUUCUCGUGGUUCGGAGAAACUUUACUCCCUGCCUCGGACGCAGGUUGGCAUUUACUGUCAAUGAUCUUGCCCUGGAGGGAGCUCUUUAGACUGGUCACUAGCUGGCACAGCCCCAAAGUCAUAGCUUAAACCUAACCUAACCCCAACCUUAACCCUAAUCUUAACAGCACUGUUAACCUUAAUGCCUAACCCCAACCAUAACUUAAGACCAGAAAGCAAACGUUUGUUUUCAUGAAAUUUUAAGAUACAACCAAUAUUGUCUUUGCAUUUGGCUCAUCUAGCAGAAAUCACUUAGUUCUGCCUGCAGGGCAAGAUUCAUGACAAUCAACGUCAACCUGCGCCUCGGACCAACGUAGAGGGAAGGAUGCAAGGAGGAGGGAGAAACAGGGGUGUGAAGUGAACGAUUCUGUAGGAACACUGGCUAAUGACACUGUGAUGACCACAAUGUUCCUUCCUAAUCCGUAGCAUAGGCAAUGGAGCCUUCAGACCAGGCCAUUAGUGUAGAACCAUAAUUUCUGACUGAAUGGCCUUUCCUAGGCUCCAGUGCUGUGGUAGGUAUAGUUAGGGCUGGCAGGAAUCCACUCUCUCUCUUUCCCUCUUUCCUUAUCCUGUGGCAGCAUGAUACUAUUUAAAAUAUUCAGAUAACUGGAGAGGUAAGCCCUCAUUUGAAUCUCAAAAGAUUUUAGUAGCUAGAGCAGGCAAGAAACUGUGAUAGUCAUUACAGAAGAUGACUGCAAGCUGUCUGAUUACUGCAGCUGCAGAACGACUCUCAACCCACAACAUAUUUACUCCUAAUGUUGUAGAGUUGUAUCCAAACAACCAGAGUUUCCACACACUCUAGUUUUUUCACCAUAGACUUUAUCUGAGGGGAGAAGUUGGCAGAAUGAAGGGUGGUUUGUAUUAUGUGUUUGGUUUGUCUGUUUACUGUUCUGUAUGCUGAGAGGGAUAUUCUUGGCUCCUCUGCCAUGUCAUAAUCCUGUCUUGAUUCUGCUGGGGCUUAUUUGUGCUGUGUCUCUGGCUCUCUUUCCCUCAUCACUGGCCUGUCUAUCUGUCUGCAUGGGCCUGGUCUGGCUACUACAGCUUGUAGGUUGCUGAUUCAAUGAACUGCUCCGAUCCCACACUGAUGGUGGUGAAGUGCUUCUACCAAGUUAUAUAAGCUAUCUGCAGUGAUUUCUUCCCACUCACUUCCACCCUUUCUUCAAAGGGUGUCAACAGGGGUGGACUUAGUGAUUUGGAGGCCCCGGGGCAGAGGCUAGUCAGAGGUUUUUAUAGUAAAGAUGUAAUUUAAUUGUAAAAAUGCAUUACCUUUUAAUGUGCCAUGAACACAACAAGUCAUUAUGUUUUCAUUUGAUUCUCAAACAAAUCACUUCAAAAAGAUAGGGUACAGUCAAAAUAAUUCAAUCCUAAAUAAAUAGUACACUGUGCACCCGCCAACUUCACUUCAAUCGCAAGUCGAUGAAACUAUCUCACCGGAGAAAGCAUUAGAGCGAGCGAAACAGCGCCCCUCUGUCUUACUAUAUGUGGCCCAUGUAUCUGAUGACAUGCCAUACUCUUUUUGGCCAAAUAGCAUCAGAUACAUGGUGUACACAUACAGUACAUGUCCUCUGCCUCGAUGACGAUGGCAGUAUUAGCAGCAGAACCUGUCUUUUUACUAAAGAAAUGUUAAAAUUAAAUUUUCUUUCUAUCUUUUUCUUUUCUCUGCCCCAUCUUGACUUCUUCCACAUUUUGUUAUGUUACAGCCAUAUUCUAAAAUGGAUACAAAUUUAAAAACAUCCUCAGCAAUCUACACACAAUACCCCAUAAUGACAGUGAAAACAGGUUUUUAGAAACGUUUGCAAGUGUAUUAAAAAUAAAACUAUGUAUUCAGACCCUUUGCUAUGAGACUUGAAAUUGAGCUCAGGUGCAUCCUGUUGCCAUUGAUCAUCCUUGAGAUGUUUCUACAACUUGAUUGGAGUCCACCUGUGGUAAAUUCAAUUGAUUGGACAUGAUUUGGAAAGGCACACACCUGUCUAUAUAAGGUCCCACAGUUGACAGUGCAUGUCAAAGCUAAACACAAGCCAUGAGGUCAAAAUAAUUGUCCAUGGAGCUCCGAGACAGGAUUGUGUCGAGGCACAGAUUUGGGGACGGGUACCAACAUUUUUUUUGCAGCAUUGAAGGUUCCCAAGAACACAGUGGCCUCCAUCAUUCUUAAACGGAAGAAGUUUAGAACCAUCAAGACUUCCUAGAGCUGGCCGCCUGGCCAAACUGAGCAAUCAGGGGAGAAGGGUCUUGGUCAGGGAGGUGACCUAGAACCCGAUGGUCACUCUGACAGAGCCCUAUAAUUCCUCUGUGGAGAUGGGAGAACCUUCCACAAGGACAACCCUCUGCAGCACUCCACCAAUCAGGCCUUUAUGGUAGAGUGACCAGACGGAAGCCACUCCUCAGUAAAAGAUACAUGACAGCCUGCUUGGUGUUUGCCAAAAGGCACCUGAAGACUCUCAGACCAUGAUAAACAAGAUUCUCUGGUCUGAUGAAACCAAGAUUGAACUCUUUGGCCUGAAUGCCAAGUGUCACGUCUUGAGGAAACCUGGCACCAUACCUAUGAUGGUGGCAGCAUCAUGCUGUGGGGGUGUUUUUCAGCGGCAAGGACUGGGAGACUAGUCAGGGUCGAGGCAAAGAUGAACAAAGCAAAGUACAGAGAGAUCCUUGAUGAAAACCUGCUCCAGAGCGCUUAGGACAGGCUGGAGAGAAGGUUCACCUUCCAACAGGACAAUGACCCUAAGCACACAGCCAAGACAACGCAGGAGUGGCUUUGGGACAAGUCUCUGAAUGUCCUUGAGUGGCCCAGCCAGAGCCCAGAGUUGAACCCAAUCGAUCAUCUCUGGAGAGACCUGAAAAUAGCUGUGCAGCAACUCUCCCCAUCCAACCUGACAGAGCUUGAGAGUAUCUGCAGAGAAGAAACUCAAAUACAGGUGUGCCAAGCUUGUAGCGUCAUACCCAAGAAGACUCAUGGCUGUAAUCACUGCCAAAAGUGCUUCAACAAAGUAGAGUAAAGGGUCUGAAUAGUAAAUGUGAUAUUUCAGUUGUUUUCUUUUUUUUUAAUUAGCAAAAAAAUCUAAACUUGUUUUUGCUUUGUCAGCAUGAGGUAUUGUGUGUAGAUUGAUGAGGGGAAUUUAAAAAACAUAUAUUUUAGAAUAAGGCUGUAACCUAACAAAUUGUGGGAAAAGUCAAGGGGUCUGAAUACUUUACGAAGGCACUGUAAAGUCCAAAGGUAUUAGGACAGUGACAAUUGUGUUGUUGUUUUGGCGCUGUAAUCAGCACUUUGAAAUGAUACAAUGACUAUGAGGUUAAAGUGCUGUCAGCUUUAAUUUGAGGAUAUCUUCAUCAAUAUCAGGUGAACUGUUUAGAAAUUCUAGCACUUUUGUACAUAGUCCCCCCAUUUUUAGAGACCAAAAACUGUUGGGACAAAUUCACUUGUGUAUUAAAGUGGUCAAAAGUUGAUUUAGUAUUUGGUCCCAUAUUCCUAGCACACAAUGACUACAUCAAGCUUGUGACUCUACAAACUUGUUGGAUGCAUUUGCUGUUUGUUUCGGUUGUGUUGAAUGAAUGGUAAAUAUUGUAUUGCGUCAUUUUGGAGCUUCUUUUAAUGUAAAUAAGAAUAUAACAUGUUUCUAAACACUUCUACUGAUAUUUAUUUCUUUGUAACUUUCUCACUCAUCAUUAUUCACAAUUCUUUCAGGAUUAUCCAUAAUCAUGGUAGCAUCCACAUUAAUGUAGUUUAACUGUUUAGAUACAUAUUCUAUUCUUAUUUACAAUAAAAGUCACUCCAAACUGAUGCAAUACAUUAUUUACCAUUCAUUUGUAUUGGGCACAAAAUAAUCUGAAACACAACCAAAACAAACAGCAAAUGCAUUCAACAAAUGUGUAGAGUCACAAGCUUGGUGUAGUCAUUGCAUGCUAUGAAUAUGGGACCAAAUACUUCACUUUUGAUUACUUUAAUCAAGUGAAUAAGUGAAUUUGUCCCAAUACUUUUGGUCCCCUAAAAUGGGGGGACUAUGUACUAAAAGUGAUGAUAUUUCUAAACGGUUCACCCGAUUAUGGAUGAAAAUACCUUCAAAUUAAAGCUGAUAGUCUGCACUUUAACCUCAUAGUCAUUGUAUUUCAAAAUAACAAAAAAUGUGUCACAGUCCCAAUACUUUUGGAGCUCACUGUAUUUAUGGAAAUAGAUAAUUGAUCUAUUAUGAACAAUGUGGCCUCGUUAAUCUGGGCACAGUAGCCAGGCAAAACCCCCUUCCCUCCCCAUUUCUUUUGUAACUUUGAAGCUUCCCUCAGAUUUUGCUGUUGCUGAACCAACAUGCUGAAGCUGGACAGAAUGAGAGCGAUGAGCUGAGCAGCCCACGACAGUGGGCCGCUUGUCAGGGGAGCAAAGCAUAGGGGGGCCUCAAGGGGAGAAAUGCAUAUUUUUUAAAUGAUUACUAGUAUUAUUUGUUUUAAUUAUGACCAGAUCAUGAGGCCCCUUGAUGAUGUGAGGCCUGAAGCAGUUGCCCCUUCUGCCUAAUGGUAAGUCCACCACUGGGUGUCAAUACAGCCGAACACUGUGUUUCUGGGCAGAGAAUGGACCGUUUAGGAGAGUACAGAGAAUAUAGUAUGAGUGAGCCUUGUUGUGGUCAGACAAUGUUCUGAUUUAUGUUUCACUGUGCUGUGUUGGUACUAUGGCUGGAUGAUGACAGUGGUUAGAGUGAGUUGCAUUUAAACUAAUCAUGAGAUACAAACUUUUUGUUUAUGACAUCUCAGCGUGUGCAGUGUGUGUUUGUGUUCGUUCACCUGAUAUUCAAGGUCACAUUCUGCACUGUGGUGGUUGAAUACCUACUUUAAGAGUAUAGGUGAUAUUUGAUGUUUUUGAAAACAUAUGGCAUUACUCUUCAACGAUAUAUCUGCUUCAGCAAAAUACUACAAAUGGUCAUAGCACCAAAUGAACAACAGUCUUCCAUAAAUCCAGUAAUCAGCGAAAUAAAUGGCAGAAAAUACAUUUAGGACAGCAUAUGUUCAUCUCACCCGGCGUACUGUGUAGACAAACGUUUAGAUACAGUAUCCAGGCGUCUGGCUGAAUUGAAGGGAUCCAACUCCAGGAACAUCUUUACAUUUAAAUUGUAGCGAGGAACAGUAUAAUAACCUGACCAGCCAAAAAUAGAACCAUAGUUAAUUGAUUAUGUAAAGGAAUGUUUCAGUGUGAAUUUAUUAGAAGUAUGCUUUUCAAUGCUAUGAAUAUUUUCAAUGUAAGCUAUUUUCUACUGCCUGCUAUGUUGAAGCUAUAAAUAGUAUACAUAUGUGACAUUUUUAUACAACAGAAAAAUACAAUUUUCAUUAAAACCUUUGUCUAUGAAA